AUCGGCGGCUGCCCGGGUGACUCGGUUAUAUGUCACAGAAUAACAUUCGAGAAUGGGACAUGGAAUGAGGCGACGACCGCAGCAGCCCCAGCAGCCCCAGCAGCCCCAGUCCCAGGCUCUGCAGCAGGCGCCGAAGCAGCAGCCCCCGCCGCCCGGAGAGGCUCCGCAGCAAUGAAGCCCACCAUCCCGAGGCACGGCCCGUAAGCCGGGAGCCCGGCCGCCUCCGCGGAGCUCUCGCCGCCGCUACCCCUUGGCGCGUCCUGCCGCAGAGAGAGGCAUGGAAAAGGCCACCCCCGCGGGGCGCUGAUCCCCGCGCCGCGCCCGCGCGCACACGCCCCCCGCUGCUGCCGCUGCCGAGCACCCCCCUCACCUUGUCCCCCGCGCCCUCUCCCCACCAUGACCGGCUCUGCGGCCGACACUCUCCGCUGCCCCCACCCCAAAGGCUCCAAAGGCACCCGGUCCCGGAGCAGCCACGCACGGCCCGUGAGCCUCGCCACCAGCGGGGGCUCGGAGGAGGAGGACAAAGACGGUGGGGUGAUGUUUCACGUUAACAAGAGCGGCUUCCCGAUCGACAGCCACACCUGGGAGCGCAUGUGGAUGCACGUGGCCAAGGUGCACCCCAAGGGGGGAGAAAUGGUGGGCGCUAUCAGGAACGCCGCCUUCUUGGCAAAGCCUUCAAUACCCCAGGUCCCAAACUACAGGCUGUCGAUGACGAUUCCAGACUGGCUGCAGGCAAUACAAAAUUACAUGAAGACACUACAAUAUAAUCACACAGGGACCCAGUUCUUUGAAAUUAGGAAAAUGAGACCGCUGAGUGGGUUAAUGGAAACAGCGAAAGAAAUGACCCGAGAGUCCUUACCUAUCAAAUGCCUUGAAGCUGUCAUCCUGGGCAUAUACUUAACCAAUGGACAGCCUUCCAUCGAGCGAUUCCCCAUCAGCUUUAAAACCUACUUCUCAGGAAACUACUUUCACCAUGUUGUGCUGGGGAUUUAUUGCAAUGGCCGCUAUGGCUCACUGGGCAUGAGCAGAAGGGCUGAGCUGAUGGACAAGCCAUUGACCUUUCGGACUCUGAGUGACCUUAUCUUUGACUUUGAAGACUCUUACAAGAAAUACCUGCACACAGUCAAGAAGGUCAAGAUUGGGCUGUAUGUCCCCCAUGAGCCUCAUAGCUUCCAACCCAUUGAGUGGAAGCAGCUGGUCCUCAAUGUCUCCAAGAUGUUGAGGGCUGACAUAAGGAAGGAGCUGGAGAAGUACGCCAGGGACAUGAGAAUGAAGAUCUUGAAACCUGCAAGUGCCCGCUCUCCAACCCAAGUGAGAACCCGGGGAAAAUCCCUGUCCCCCCGAAGGAGACAAGCAAGCCCCCCAAGAAGGCUUGGCAGGCGAGACAAGUCACCUGCUCUGCCUGAAAAGAAGGUGGCUGACCUCAGCACUCUGAAUGAAGUGGGCUAUCAAAUCCGAAUCUAGCCAAGCCAUACCGGGCAGCAAGAGGGUUUCUGUGGUGCUUCUCUCUGCACUUUACCCAGCAUCUUCAGGAGGAACUGCAACUAUUAUUUAUUAAGAACUUGAAAAUUUUAUUUUUAAGGAUUCACCUGGAAACAGAAUCUGAGUGGGUGGGGAUAAUUAGCUUUAAAAACUCUGACCAUGAAAAGGCUAAAGUAAUAAACCCCACUGGGGCUGGACUGUCUCCCUCACUAAAGAUCUCAAGGAUAACAAACAUCCACAAUAGUUUUAUAUUUUUCCAUUUACUGACUUUCUUUUACUUGCUUUGAACAUUAUGCCUCACCAGUAGUAAAUGUUCAUAAAUCCUCUCCCACUUUUGGUAUAGUAAGGUAACUCAAUCAGUAUUAGUCUUUUUCAGCAAUAACAGAAGCAAAGAAUGGUGGGUUUUUUUAAGCAGUUAAUAUUACCUCAGCCUUUUGACAUUAGAUAUGCAAACUUAAUGGUAUUUUGGUUUUUUAUAUUCUAUUUGUAUUGUUUCCCCAACAUUCCCCAUGGGGAUCUCCACAAGUUUGGAGUUUUUUCCUGGUGCACACACGUGAUGAGAUUUAAGGUAUUUUAUGCAGGUGUUUUAUUAAAAAGCACUGAAAUUCUCCUGGCAAUACGGGAAACCAUUUUUAGGAUCUUGGAAUUACUUGUUUCUUAAAACAUUUGCUGAGAGCAUUUUUUGUUCUUUCAAAACAAAACAAGCACAGUCAAAAGCUAGUCUAUGUUCUGUCACUAACAUUUAAACUUUGCAGAGUCUGGCAAAAUAGGACAUGAGGUCAUACACUCCUUCCACAAAUUUAGCAGUAUUGAGGUUACAAUCUCUGCCAGCAACACACUCAACGUCAGAGAGACAGGAAUGAAUCGGGGGUCCUGAGAACCUGAUAACCUUUUCUCUCACAUUUCAUCUGAUUUUUAAACUCUUGAGUUAAGUUUUGAUUCUGAAGAACUUACCAUUGUUAAAGAUGUGUUCUGAUGUCUUAUAUUAAGGCCAAAUGUGAUACAAUAUGAUUUUUUUUUUUCCAGUUCUUUGCUUUUAGAUACCUCUCAUGACAAUUUGGAAGUACUGGAAAAAAUCUAUGGAUUAGCAGAACAUUUUUCUUUCUUUUUUUUUUUUUAGAAUGGAAGUCUUCUGGUACAAUGUUACAUAUGAAAGUGUAAUUUAGUCCAUGGGCACAGAAUGCACGUCUGGCCGCAUUUAACAGUUAUGGUGUAACUUCUGGCUGCAGACCAGAGCAGUUCUGAGGGCAGACAUGUGUAAUCUGUGUUACAAAUAUCAAGAGCAGAACUUCUAUUUCAUUUGUUUUAUCUUAGCAACCAUGCUAACUUGUAAGACCAAAGGACAUAUUUAAGUCAAGUCUGAUUAAGCUUGUCAACAAAAGUGUUAGUUCAGUGUUUCUCCUUUGGCUUUGACUAAAGGUAGUUGAAAGAAGGGAGUUAAAAAAAAAAUAAAGGUAAGAAUCUGUUCAGUGAUAACUUAUACCAAUAAAACCUCUGGGGGGUGUCAUGAAAGCACAAGGGAUUCAUCCUUUAGCUCACUUUACCCUAAAAAUCAGUAUUAUUAAUGAAAGUACUGCUGUUCUGGAAAAGGAAGUCUAAUGUCCCUUAGUGACCAAAUAAGUAUACAUUUCACGUAGACUAAUAAAUGCAGCAUGAGAGAAAAUUCGGAACAGUUUUUAAGAAUAGUUUUUUUGGACUAGGGCUAUAGCUCAGUGGUGAAGCACACUCAGCACAUGCAAGGUCCUUCCUGGGUUCAAUCCCAAGCACCAAGGGGAAAAAAAAAUGAUGCCUUUUUAUCUUUACACAGUAUAUUCACUGGCAGUCUUCAUGGCCCAUGUGUUCUGAUGCUCCAAGUAACCAGUGAAUCAUUUCAUUCUCUCUCUGAAACAAUACCAAUUUCGCCAUGUAUCUUCUAUUAUCCAUCUGAAACUUUAUUAUAAAACUUUAUUAUAAACAGACUGCUCAAUCAACUGUAAUGUCAGAAGAGCUUAGAAUAGCAUUUGCCAAGUACUACUUAAGGAUUAUCCCAUCCCAAACACAAAAUGUCAAAUAGUUGCAGAGCCUCUUGUUUCUCCCAAGAAAAGGUAAAAGAACAGGAAUAUAAAACUGUUCCCAGUAUGCUGAUGUAUAAGCCUUAAAAUUGCCAACUGGCCUGAUGAUUCAAUUAGCAACCUAAUUUCUUUGACAUUCUGUGAUUUUUAGAUUCAUUUUUCUUAAGUAAGGGUUACUCACAGCAACAUGUAAACUUAUUUAAACUGUUCACAGUUGUCAUUUUACUUCUAUUGCCUACAGAAUAUGUUAAUUUUGAAAAGAUAUAGGAAAGUCACCAAAUCCUAAAUUCUAAUGUAAUAAUUAAAAAAAAUAAUAUUAUGGCAAAAACCCCAAAUAAGCAACCAAACAACAAGCCCAACAUGUUUUACCUCUCAAAACUGAUUUUAAGAAUAGCUGUAAUUCAAAAGAUAAAAAAUUAAGUUACAAGAUGAUUUGGAGUCUAGUUUUUAAAGUUAUUAUGCGAGAGAAAUUUUAUGCUUAAGCCACAUGGCAUUAUAUGCAAAGUUUAAAUGAAUGACAGAAAUUUUGAUCUGAGACUAUGUUGUGAUGUUUUGAGUACACUUUAUUUCAGAAAGUGAUAUUUAGUAUUUUCUAUACACACUGAAAUCAUGAGCAUUUCACUUUUUCUAAGUCAAUUAUUUCAUAAGGAUUUUAUUAAUAGAUAUUGGUAAAUAGAACUUUGGAAAUCUUAAUUCAGUAUUCUUACUAUACCUGAGGCUUUUGUAAGCUAUAGUUUUAUGUACAACCUUGUACAGUUUUUUUGACAUACUAUUGAAAUCUUGUUUAUUCUCCUGAACUUUGUUCUGGCCAAUACAUUUUUUUUAAAUCUUUUAAGAAAAUCUGUGAUUGUUUUAGUGGGUAUUUUUCUAAGUAAACGAAAACUUGUAUAAUGGUAUUUUAGAGAAUGCCAGAUAAGUGCAUGUUUCAAGUUAAUGUUUUUCUCAUCACUUGUAUGUUUAUACAUAGCAUGGAAAUUUAAUAAAACCAUCCUGGAAACUUAACAA